AUGGCAUCGUCAACCCCAUAUCAUGCAUUAUGCAAGGAAAAGCACAUCAAAUUUAUAAUAGAUCAGGAGUCUAACCGCUCUUACGAAUACUGGCUAAGUGAGCACCUACGCAUGAAUGGAUUAUACUGGGGGGUAACAGCAUUGAUCACCAUGAAAAGCCUCAAUGAUACAACGCUCCCACAACAAGACGUGAUCAAAUAUGUAUUGAGUUGUUGGGAUGAUAGGUUUGGUGCAUUUGGCUCAUUUCCAAAACAUGAUGCCCAUAUACUUUCAACAUUGUCAGCACUUCAAAUCUUGAAAAUAUAUGAUGCCAACUUAUCCAUGUUGACACAGGAUCAGAAACUGCGACUUGUCCAAUUUGUCAAGGGGUUGCAGUUGUCCAAUGGUAGUUUCCAGGGGGACAGAUUUGGCGAAGUAGAUACUAGAUUUGCCUAUACAGCAAUUUCGGCAUUGUCAUUGUUGGAUGAAUUGACAAUGGACGUUGCCGAACCUGCCAUCAAUUUUAUCAUGCAAUGUUUGAAUUUCGACGGUGGAUUUGGCUUAGUUCCUGGGUCAGAGUCACACGCGGCGCAAGCAUUUGUAUGUGUUGGUGCCCUUGCCAUAAUGAACAAACUCGAUGUACUCGUUGAUGAUGGAUUGGACGAAAAAAUAUGUAGUUGGUUAAGUGAACGUCAAGUUUUACCCUCGGGUGGGUUCAAUGGACGACCCGAGAAGCUUCCUGAUGUGUGUUAUAGUUGGUGGGUCUUGUCGACAUUGUCGAUCCUAGGGAAGGCACACUGGGUCGAUUUGGAGAAAUUGGAGGCGUUUAUAUUGAGUUGUCAGGAUCCUAUUGAAGGGGGGAUCAGUGAUCGUCCUGAUAAUCAAACUGAUAUAUAUCACACGUGUUUUGGGAUCACUGGUUUGAGUUUGAUUGAUUAUGGUAAAUUUGGGCUUGAUGAGAUUGAUCCUGUUUAUUGUAUGCCAAAAAGAGUGACCAAGGAUUUUAGAAAAUGGAAGAGAGGUGAUUAG